GCACUUAAGUAGCUGGGGCCAGGGCGAGGAAGGAAGGAGCGAGCAAUCCCGGUUGCUGCUGAUCUUCUCGGACCCGCACCCAGACCCAACCCGACCUAGUCUGCGCCAUGUGGGGCUGGAGCGUGGCUCUGUGGCUCUUGCUGGCUCUGCGCACUGUGCUCGGCCAAGUCGAGGUCCGGUGGUGCACCACGUCAGAUCCAGAGCAGCAGAAGUGCAGUGACAUGAGCAAGGCCUUCCAGGAAGCAGGCAUCCAGCCCUCCCUCCUCUGCAUCCAGGGCAUCUCUGCUGAUCACUGUGUCCAGCUCAUCACGGCCCAGGAGGCUGACGCCAUCACUCUGGAUGGAGGAGCCAUCUAUGAAGCGGGGAAGGAGUAUGGCCUGAAGCCUGUGGUCGGCGAAGUGUAUGAUCAAGAGGUUGGGACCUCCUAUUAUGCUGUGGCUGUAGUCAGGAGGAACUUCAAUGUGACCAUAAACACCCUGAAAGGAGUGAAGUCCUGCCACACGGGCAUCAACCGGACAGUGGGCUGGAAUGUGCCUGUGGGCUACCUGGUGGAGAGCGGCCGCCUCUCAGUGAUGGGCUGCGACGUGCUCAAAGCUGUCAGUGACUAUUUUGGGGGCAGCUGCGUCCCAGGAGCAGGAGAAACCAGAUAUUCGGAGUCCCUCUGUCGCCUCUGCCGGGGUGACACCUCUGGGGAGGGUGUGUGUGACAAGAGCCCCCUGGAGAGAUACUAUGACUACAGCGGAGCCUUCCGGUGUGUGGCAGAAAAGGCAGGGGACGUGGCCUUCGUGAAGCACAGCACUGUGCUGGAGAACACUGAUGGGAAAACUCUGCCCUCCUGGGGCCAGACCCUGCUGUCGAAGGACUUUGAGCUGCUAUGCAGAGAUGGCAGCCGAGCCGAUGUCACUGAAUGGAGGCGAUGCCACCUGGCUCGGGUGCCUGCACACGCUGUGGUUGUCCGGGCUGACAUGGACGGGGGCCUCAUCUUCAGGUUGCUCAAUGAAGGCCAGCGUCUGUUCAGCCAUGAGGGCAGCAGCUUCCAGAUGUUCAGCUCUGAGGCCUAUGGUCAGAAGAACCUGCUGUUCAAGGACUCUACCACGGAGCUCGUGCCCAUCGCCACGCAGACCUAUGAGGCAUGGCUGGGCCGCGAGUACCUGCAUGCCAUGAAGGGUCUGCUCUGUGACCCCAACCGGAUGCCCCACUACCUGCGCUGGUGCGUGCUCUCCACACCCGAGAUCCAGAAGUGUGGUGACAUGGCGGUGGCCUUCAGCCGGCAGAGGCUCAAGCCUGAGAUCCAGUGUGUGUCGGCCCAGUCCCCCCAGCACUGCAUGGAGCAGAUCCAGGCUGGGAACAUCGAUGCUGUGACCCUGAGGGGCGAGGACAUUUACACAUCAGGGAAGGUGUAUGGCCUGGUCCCCGCGGCUGGGGAACUCUACUCUGAGGCAGACAGGAGCAGUUCAUACUUCGUGGUGGCUGUGGUGAGGCGGGACAGCUCCUACGCCUUCACCUUGGACGAGCUGCGUGGCAAGCGCUCCUGCCACUCAGGCUUCGGCAGCCCAGCAGGCUGGGACGUGCCAGUGGGCGCCCUCAUCCAGAGAGGCUUCAUCAGGCCUCAGCACUGUGACAUCCUGACAGCGGUGAGUGAGUUCUUCAAUGCCAGCUGUGUGCCUGUGAACAACCCCAAGAGCUACCCUUCCUCUCUGUGUGCCCUCUGUGUGGGGGACGAGCAGGGCCGCAACAAGUGUGUGGGCAACAGCCAGGAGCGGUACUACGGUGACAGUGGUGCCUUCAGAUGCCUGGUGGAGAAUGCAGGGGACGUUGCCUUCGUUAAACACACGACUGUCUUUGACAACACAAACGGCCAUAAUUCUGAGCCCUGGGCUGCUGCAUUGAAGUGGCAGGAGUAUGAGCUGCUAUGCCCCAACGGGGCCCGGGCUGAGGCCAACCAGUAUGAAGCCUGCCACUUGGCGCAGAUACCAUCCCAUGCUGUCAUGGUGCGGCCAGACACCAACAUCUUCACUGUGUAUGGACUGCUGGACAAGGCCCAGGACCUGUUUGGAGACGACCACAAUACGAACGGGUUCAAAAUGUUUGAUUCCUCCAAAUACCAUGGCCAAGACCUGCUUUUCAAGGAUGCUACGAUCCGGGCAGUGCCUGUAGGGGAGAAAACCUCAUACCUUGACUGGCUGGGACCUGACUACGUGGCAGCUCUGGAAGGGAUGCUGUCUCAGCAGUGCUCCGGCACAGAAACCAAGAGAACGGAUAAUUGUAAAAGGGUAGAUAGAAAGAGGGGGCUGGAGCGAGCCGAGCACCCAGAAACCCGGCCGCCCACAGUCCUGCAUGCAAGCAGACGGCCGGUGCCAGGGCUUCCAGGGCUUCCAGGUCUUAACUGUCCCUUCUUCCCCAGCGGCUGCCCAGCCCCCAGGUCCCCAUCUGCCACUGCUGCUGCCGCUCUUUACUGGCCUCCUCCUGCACGCCCUCUGAGCGCCACUCGGGCCAGCUGGCCUCGCGACCUGCUAGGAACCGCAGCCGAGGCCAGCAAAGCCCCCUCCCUCCCGCGGAGCCACCCGCCCCCAGCCGCCUGGCCCUGGCCACCUGAGGCGGCUGGCCCGAUGCCCAGUCACGCCGCCCAAGCUGGCAGCGCCUCCCUGCCAACCUGCAGCCUCCCACCUGGAGCCGGUGGCUGGCUGCGGAGAAGGCCGGUCGCCAAGGAAACCGCUGAGCCCGCUUCCCACGCGGCCCUCUGCUGCGCGGCGGCCUGGGGACCUGAGAGCGCCUGCUGGGCCAGCUGCCCAGAGGACGCUGCGCCUCCGCCCCGGCUCCCGCCGGCACCACCUCCUUCCCACACUUCUGAACCAGCCGCUGGUCGCCUCAGCCUUUUAUUGCUGCUCCUACCCAUCCUUCUCAGUUUCCAUUCUGUGGGUUUCGGGAAGGGGGGUGUCCCAGAAUUAACAUUUCUGUCAAAUUCUCAGGUGAUGCUGAUGCUGUGGGUCCAUCCACUUUGCUUUGAACGACUGUUUAAGGCACCGCCUGGUUCUGGGGAAAGUACACGGCUUGAGUUUGGAGAAGGAGGAGGAAAUCUAGGUACUGUGAGCAAAGAAUUAAAGAAUGGGAAAUGGAGGAAGAGGCCCCAAAGCCCACCUUCCUCUACUCUGGCCCAGUCUCAGCCUGUCCUGGAUAGAUCCCCAAAGCACCUGCUGGUUCUGUGA